AUGACAUCUAGAGUUGAAAGCACGAUGCCGUUUCCUCCAGGUUUUGAAGGAAGACAGAGAAGAAAACAUCGCAUGACUGAUGACUUAGAACCACCACAUCGUUCGACUAAAAGAGUCAGAAUUGACCAGCUUCUUCUGCAGCUUAGUCUAGAUGGAAAGCCCGUACCAAAAGAGCCAAUUGCAGAGUUCUCUAUCAACCCUUUGGUGGAAACAUUUGAAAAUGACAAGCGCAAGAAACCGUCGCUAGAAUCUUACAUCUCGGGGAAAAUGAUGGACGAAUACUGCGAACAAAUCAAGAGUAAUAUGGCGAUUUCCCGAUAUUUCCAACCGCGUGCUUUGGUUGUGUACCACUUCCAAUUAUGGGUUCGCCGUCUUUUCAAUGCAUUUGUUCGUCUGUAUAACCUGAGUAACAAAACACGCAAACCUGUCAAACUAUUCAAAAGUUACUUCAGCAUCGUAUGGUUGGUGCAAGACCCCACUGUCCAAUUCACAAUGGAGGAUUUAUGCAACAUAUUACAGCAGCAAAACCUAAUUGAACAGCAGAAACUAGCACUCAAAAAAGAUAAGCGCAUGAGUGACAAACGUCUAGAGGAAAUAUAUGAUGAGCAAAAAAUCCUGCAAGAGUGCAACUAUCUGUACUGGAACAGAUUUGCCAAGAUACAUCAAGACACAGAAAUGGAAGAUGUCGACUCUGAGGUGCUGGACACCAAAAUGUAUGUCGAUACUGAUAGUUACGCAGGAACACCGGCUGGGGAGAGUCCGAUGGGCUUUGAGGCUAAUUACGGUUCUUAUUACGGGACAGAAGCAAAGUGUUGA